UACUACAUUGUAUGCCUUUGACAUUUCUUUCCCCUGGGCAAAAGGACCGAAAGUUAGCUGGGACACCGGGAAAGAGCCGACAGCAGCGGACAUACAAGCUGCUGCCCAGCACUCGUGGUGCCGGAAUUCCACUCCGGUACGGUGCCUCCGCGCCACGUUUUCUGUGCUUCGCGCGCCCCUACCUCGCUCGCGCCGUCUCCCUCCCGUCUGUGUUGUGACUUUCUCCUUUCUCAGAGAGACUUUACUUGCUGACUCGCACCUUUCACAAUCGGAGCAACCAGCCAGAGUAUGACCGAUUUCGCAGAUGACACCGGAGCUCGGGCCCUGCUUGCACUUAGGUCGGCACCAUGUAGUCCAGUUCAUUCCCCCAAUCAUAUAUUAACUACCCCACUGCCCCUGCAGGGUUCCUGUGGUGGGAAUGAGGGCCCACCUUCAACCCCGGCCUUGGCUCGCCUGGAGGGCCGGGAUUUCGAGUUUAUUAUGAGGCAACACACUGUGACAGUAGGCCGAAAUUCUAGCCAAGGCUCAGUGGAUGUAAAUAUGGGACACUCAAGUUUUAUUUCACGGCGACACUUGCAGGUCACCUUCAAGGAUCCCCAUUUCUACCUGAAGUGCCUCGGCAAGAAUGGUGUUUUUGUGGAUGGGGUCUUUCAGAGGCGAGGUGCACCAGCUUUGCAGCUCCCCAAACAAUGUAUGUUUCGUUUUCCUAGCACUGUCAUCAAGAUCCAGUUUACUGCUUUAUACCAUAGGGAAGACUUAAAAGAAGAGUUAUCUCCAUCUCCAGUACGGCAGUUGUAUCCUCAAAUCUCACCUCUGAAAAUUAAUAUUCCGGAGCAGGAUUUCCAGAGUCUAAUGAGCCCUCUUCCUUCACCCACUGGUACUAUUAGUGUUCCUAAUUCCUGCCCAGCAAGUCCUCGUGGUGCUGGAUCUUCAGGUUACCGCUAUGGUGGAAGAAACAUUGCUUCAGACCUACAGUUGGCAGCUGAGUUCGCAGCAAAUGCAGCAUCAGAACAGCACAUGGAGCCUUGUGAAGGGGGCAGUCCAAAGGAUGAUUCAAAACCACCUUAUUCAUAUGCUCAGUUAAUUGUACAGGCCAUUUCUUCAGCACCGGAUAGACAACUGACACUAAGUGGUAUCUAUGCCCACAUCACCAAACACUACCCCUAUUACAGAACUGCAGACAAGGGGUGGCAGAACUCUAUUCGACAUAAUCUUUCACUUAAUCGGUACUUUAUCAAAGUUCCACGCUCCCAGGAAGAACCUGGCAAGGGAUCAUUCUGGCGAAUUGAUUCGGCAUCUGAAACAAAACUGGUGGAGCAGGCCUUCAGGAAAAGAAGACAGCGUGGUGUAUCAUGUUUCCGCACCCCAUUUGGACCUUUGUCUUCAAGGAGUGCUCCUGCCUCACCAACCCAUCCUGGUCUGUUAUCCCCUCACUCAAGCGGCUUGCAGACACCUGAGUGUUUGUCACGAGAAAACUCUCCUGUCUCUCAUGACCAUGAUUUUGGGUCAAAACUAACAUCGGUUCCAGAGUACAGAUAUUCGCAGAGUGCACCUGGUUCUCCAGUUAGUUCACAACCUGUGAUAAUGGCAGUUCCACCACAGCCGUCCAGUUUAAUAACUAAACCAGUAGCCUAUAUGCCAGCCUCUAUCAUGACUUCUCAGCACACAGGAAGUCAUCCUGUUCAUGUCGUCCAGCAAGCACCAGCAGUCACUAUGGUCAGGGUAGUGACUACAACUGAUAACUCAUCUAAUGGGUACUUAAUUGCCAGUCCAAGUCAAGGAGCUCCUGAGCCAUUCAUGACAAGAGGAGAUGGGCUAGAUGAGCAGAAAGGAGGCAUUGAAGAGAGGUCAGAAGUUGCAUAUGCCACGGUUCCAACUGCCAGCCGGGUAAUUCAGACACUUCCUAGCCAGAUGCCCCAGAAUGUAGCUGGGCAGACACUUAUUCUUCAUCAAGCAACACCAUUGACCAUUGGACAACAUCAGCUCCCUGUGAGAGCAGUAACACAAAAUGGAAAACAUGCUCUCCCAGUAAAUAGCUUUGCUGCAAAUUCUUAUGAUGUGUUCUUUUCUAAGAAAAUGCAUCCAUCGUUGUACUCGCUCAAUACAGGAGAUGUUUGUAUGAAAAUCCUUAUAAAUCUUCUAACUGUAUCCCAGAUGGAGCAUUCACAUUUUUCUUCAGCCAGUAUCUGUGGCUGUCACAAAUCCUCUGCAAAUUCUUGCAACACAAGCAAGCAGCUCACCACCUGUUACAAUAGACAGCAGACUUGGAGAAGAGAAUGAACACUUGACAUCCACAGGCGAACCUGAGGCUAAGAGGCCCAAAGGAGAGGAUUCUGGUUGUUCUGCUGUUGCCCAAGCUGUAAUUAUGUCCAUGACACAGCCCCACAGUGCUGGUGAAUAAGGAACCAGAGCAAAAAAAGAAGAAGGGGGGGAGAAAUGUUAAUUUGCAUAUAAGGAGUUUUUAAAACAUUGCACUCUACCGUACUGAGAAAUCCAAGGUGCCAAACUGAAGGGGGAAAGUCUACCUACCUUGAACUUUGCAAGGUCUUUUUAUACAGAAUUAUUGAAAUACAGACGACUGAUUGUAUUGCUAUUAUGAAAUACAGAAGUGAUGGAGAGGUGGUUAAUCAUCGUUUUAAACUUAUUUGAAAACACAAUAGCCUUAAUCAAGUUCUCAUGAACUUUCUUUAUAACCAGGCUAAGAAAGUAGUUAUGUUUUGAUUUCAGUGGAGCUUAAGUGUUGUUAAUGAACAUUUACAUAUAGCAGCAUUAAAGUAAAUGGGUAUCAGAUAUGCAGUAUUUAGGUUAAUUUUAAAAAAAAUAUAUUAAUAUAAUCGUUGCUAUUUAUAUGGGAGGGGAUGGACCAAUAACAUUUUUGAAAUAGCAGCUAUCUUAAAUUUCUCUAAGCCAGUGUCCUCAUAGUGAGUAAAAGCACUGUGUUUUAUGGGCAAAAAUCUUUAGAACUGUUUUAAAAAUAUUUACAUGUGAUUCAUUCAUCUGAUAGUAUUUUGCCAGAUUUAAUACUUUCAUUGCAGCUUGCUUUGGCAGCUAAAAAAACUGCAAGCUGCUACACUUGUGACUUGGUUAUUUAACAAAAGGACUUUUCUUUGAGUCUUUAAAGUAACAUAGGAGGUCCUCUGUGAGUAGGUUGUGGGCUAGCUACUCUUAGCUGAAUGUUUUUCUAUUCAAGUUUGAGCAGUUUUGAGCACACAACACGGAUCUCUGUAUGUACUUUCUCUGCGUUGGUGCGACCUUGGAUGUAUUAUAGAGACAUGGGAUGGAUAAGAUCUGUGGAACUCCUGGUAGAUGAAGGGGCUUGCCCUUCUGCAGAAAUGCUUUAUUAUUUGACAGUUUUUCUUGGACUGAAGCAGGAACAGUUAUAUCAGGUUACCGGCAGCAGUUUUCUGAGGUUUGACCAGUUGGUGCCUGAGCUCCUAUAGCUGUUAUAGUUUAUGGUGAUGUCUUCUUCAUUGAUGCAUUGGACAUACCCUGACUAUUAAUUUUCAUUCUAAUUACUAAUAUGGAAGGAGAAAACAUAUUUUGGCCAUCUGAAACCAUGAAAUUAGGGUAUAUGAUAGAGGAUUUUCUGUGUAAUCCCCUUUACAAGAACUGACUGGCAAAAUAUGUUUGAUUCAUUUCAUGUCACUGCCUUGUCUUUCAUUUCAAGAUUGUCUGUUAGCAUGUGCAUAUACAACAGGUUGUAAAUAGAGAUUUUUAUUAAUGCAGGAAUCCAACAAGACUAAGGGAAAUAAACAAUUUACCAUUCUGAUGGUAGUGCCCAAGAAAACAGUUAUAUUUGUGUACCUAAUUUAGUAGUAGUGUGAGUGUUAAAGAUCCCGCGGCACUUACCCAAUGGAGAGGAUGUUUUGUUCCCAUUGCCCUGGUCACAUUAUUCAUAGUCAUUUUAAAUGGGUUCACUGAGAUCUACCUGUAUGACAAAAUGCUAUCAGUAGAUCAGUAUGUAAAUAAAUGAUUUAUAGUAGGUUUUUAAAAAGAAUUGGAUGUGUUUAAAAAAACUCUUCUUAAAAUACUUAUUUGCUGUGAUUUUUCUAUUGACAGCAGCAAAGUGGCCACUAAAUAAGUGGACAUACAGUAUGGGAAAAAUAAAUUUCUGUAUCUUACCCCAAAAGGAAGAAAUAAUACUACAGAGCACUGCUGUAGCUUUGAGCUAAUUUAAAAAUCAAGACAAAUUGAGUUUAAUAAUAAAGUAAUAAUAAUAAUAUAAAACAGUACCUUAAAGUAGAAAAAAAAUGUUUCCUUUGCUUCUAUGGUGAUCUGCUCUCAGUCAGGGACACCUAGGUUGUAUGAGAAUAAUGGCACAGGACGGCAGCAUGUUUGAACAUUUAUUUAGCAGCAUGCUUGAAUAUUAAUUUAUCUAGAAAGAUCUUGAUUUGAUACCACAGUCCUUCACCAGCCUUCAAAAAGUUAUGCUCAGAUUAACAGAAUGACUGCACUUAAAAUGCUGCUUUUGACACCAUGUAGCUUUGAACUUGAAUGUGGCAGGUGGAGAAUUCAAGUUGGAUUUAGGACAAAAAACAAGUCGAGCGAGUAAUUCAAAGAAGAAAUAAUUCAUUAUGAAUACCUCUAUGUUCUUGCUUCUGCAGUAAGAAUGCCUCUAAUAAACACAGUUCAGAAGGGUAAAAUUCCUGCUUAUGUUUGCCAUUGGACGUAUGUGCAUCAUUGUGCAGUUUGCAACCAUAUUGGUUUUCAUAUCUUUAAUGAUUGCAGGCUUGGUCUUUCACUGUGUACAGGUCCCUUAUAAUACUCUUGUCUUGCAGCAAAUGAUUUGACAUCUUAAUUAAAAUGGUUGUUAUACUCUU